AUGGUCAAAGCUGAAAUCUGGACAACUUCGCCACAGGAGCAGGCCUAUUUCAAGCAGAGUUUGGACGAUCUUCAGCAAAGUCUUGGCUCAAGACCCAAGACAUGGACUUGUUCUCAGAAGUGGACGGGGCUCGUGACCAUCUUGGAUCAUCUCGAAGCAUCGACCGGACCUAAAGUCAGGCUCACUCCCGGUUUCUCCGUCACCGAGCGCACUCCAGAAAUUGCAGCUGAGUCAGGUAUCGAAGCCUUCCUGGAUUUUGUCGAUGAUGAUGUGCCAUACUACUUGACGCAUGAACAAGGCAAGCGCACAUUGUGCCUCCCGUAUUGCAUGGAGACCAACGACAUCUCCCUUUGCCUGACGAAGCAUUUUGAUGGACGCCAGUAUGCGCAGGCUAUUGAAGAUCAUGUCCGGCAGCUUGCCAAGGAAGAGGGCGAGAAAGUGAGGGACACAGCAUCGCUGCGAGAUGAUGCGAGAUGGAGAUCAUGGGGAUAG